GAGCGCUCAGCUCUGCGAGAGGCUGGACAGCACAUGAUCGGUCGGCACGAAGGCUCCACAUCUCUAACUCUUGUUUCUUUUGUCUCCCUAUCUCUCUCUUUUCUCCCUCUGUUUGUUUUUGUCCUGCACUCUGACCAGCCCCGGGUCACUCUUCCCAGCAGAGUUCAGAAUUGCACUACAAUGUCUGCGGUGGCUUCUCUGCAGUAAGCACACGAAGGUUAUGCUGCCCAAAAGCUGUCUGAGUCCCAGUGAGAAAGAGAAGGGCUAAAGCCGCACUGAUCUAAACCAGCUUUCCAGAUCCUCUCCAGCAGCGACUCCACUACGGAGCCAUGAGCAACCCCAGCGCUCCCAACCAGAUUACAGAUGCCGUGGCAGCGGUUAUUCACAGUCCAGAGGCCCCUGGCGCCUCAUCAGUACACGGGCGCUCAGAAGAAGAGGAUGAUGGGGACCUGAACAAAGCUCUGGGCGUCCAGCGCUUUCAGCAGAUCCUCAGCCCUGCUGCUGUCGUACCCGACGAGCAGCACCACAACUACCAUGAGGAGGACAUUGAAUACCACCGCCACUCCUCUCACCACAUCCACCGACCUCUGUCCAAACUGCCCCCCGAGGGACGCAGGAAGAAGAGCGGCAAGAAAAGGAAGAAGGACAAAGAUCACAAAAGCAGCCACGUUCCCAACAGCGGCCCCAUAGAGGAAGGAGAGGAUGAAGAGGAAGAGGAAGGGACGGAGACAACUUCUGCUCCAUCUGACUCAGAGAGAGCCAAAGAUGUGGAGUUCUUCGUUUCGGAUGACGACCAUGUGGCCAGUCGUGACAAAGAGAGCCCUCGCUCAGCCCGAGAGCUCGAUAUUGUGCCGCAGUGUGGUGAAGCAGCGGAUACUGAAGAUGGAACUUCCACAGAUAAGCCAGUCUCAUCCGACACUUCCAGCCCCUCUCCCCAGUCAGGGCCACCUGAACACAUACCACUGGCCCGGGUGUCAUCCGCCAGCCGCGGCUACGACCUGCAGGAGCGCCGGCGUACGGGCAACAUGACUGGUGCCGAGCAGGCAAAGUACCAGCGUAUCCCCACUGAUGAGAGUGAGGCUCAGACACUGGCCUCCGCUGACCUGGACGGCAUCAAGAGUCAUCGGUUUGAAGAUGUUCCCGGCGUGCGCAGACACCUGGUCAGAAAGAGCACCAAGGGACAAGUGGUGCACAUUAGCAAAGACCACAAAGAGCCGACCACUCGCAGUCGCAAGCAGGACCGAACCCCACAUGAGGUGUUUGUCGAGCUGAACGAGCUGACCAUGGACAAGAACCAGGAGAUGCAGUGGAAGGAAACGGCUCGUUGGAUCAAGUUUGAGGAAGAUGUGGAGGAGGAGACGGACCGCUGGGGGAAACCUCACGUGGCUUCUCUGUCUUUCCGCAGUUUGCUUGAGCUCAGAAAGACCAUCUCGCACGGUGCGGUGCUGCUGGACCUGGACCAGAAGACCCUGCCUGGCAUCGCCCACCAGGUGGUGGAGCAGAUGAUCAUCUCUGACCAGAUCAAAGCUGAGGACAGAGCCAAUGUCCUGAGGGCUCUGCUGCUCAAACACAGUCACCCGAGCGAUGAGAAAGAGCACAGUAGCCCCUUCCCCAGGAACAUCUCCGCUGCCAGCCUCGGCAGUCUGAUGACACACCACCACAGUGGCAACCACACCCAUCAGCCAGAGCCGUCUGUCACCGACCCGCUCAUGGGCACCGUCCACGCAGUGGGAGAAACGGAAACGCGCAUCGACGUGGAGAAGAACGAAGUACAGCAGAAGGAGCCGAACUUGGUGCCCGGUAUGCAUCGGUCCAAGUCCAAACAUGAGCUGAAGCUGCUGGAGAAGAUUCCUGAAAAUGCAGAGGCCACAGUUGUCCUUGUGGGCAGCGUGGACUUCCUGGAGCAGCCCACCAUGGCGUUUGUGCGGCUGCAGGAGGCGGUGGAGCUGGAGUCUGUCCUAGAGGUCCCCGUGCCCGUCAGGUUCCUCUUUGUUCUGCUGGGACCCCCCACCACCAGCAUGGACUACCACCAGAUAGGACGCUCCAUCUCCACGCUGAUGUCUGACAAGCAAUUCCACGAGGCAGCCUACCUGGCGGACGACAGGCAGGACCUGCUGAACGCCAUCAACAGCUUCCUGGACUGCAGCAUCGUGCUGCCGCCGUCAGAGAUGGGAGGUGAUGAGCUGCUGCGCUCUGUCGCUCGCUUCCAGAGGGAGAUGCUGCGCAAGAGGGAGGAGCAGGGCGUCAAACUGAUGGCCAAAGAACCCAAAAGCCUUGAGGAAAAAGAGGCCCUCCUCACACCUUCCAAAAAGUCAGACGACCCUUUACAGCGCACAGGACGCCCCUUUGGAGGACUGAUACGAGACGUGCGGCGGCGUUACCCGAAGUACAUCAGCGACUUCAAGGACGCCCUGAACAGUCAGUGCAUGGCCGCUGUUAUCUUCAUCUACUUCGCUGCCCUGUCUCCGGCCAUUACAUUCGGAGGCCUGCUGGGUGAGAAGACGGACGGCCUGAUUGGUGUCUCUGAGCUGAUCGUGUCGACAGCGGUGCAGGGCGUGAUCUUCUGCUUGCUCGGAGCUCAGCCUCUGCUGGUUGUGGGCUUCUCCGGACCCCUGCUAGUUUUUGAGGAAGCCUUUUACAGUUUCUGCAAAGCGAACGAAAUAGAGUAUCUAACUGGUCGCGUCUGGAUCGGGUUUUGGCUCAUCAUCAUCGUGAUCGUCACCGUGGCCUUCGAAGGCAGCUUUCUAGUCCGCUUCGUCUCCCGCUUCACCCAGGAGAUCUUCUCCUUCCUCAUCUCCCUCAUCUUCAUCUGCGAGACCUUCAUCAAGCUUGGCAGGAUUUUCAAGGAGCACCCACUGAAAAGCUGCUCCCUUGACAACAGCACAGUAGGGGAAAACAUCAACGGGACGCACAGCAACGACACUCAUGCAACUCUGGUCCAAGGCCAGCCCAACACCGCGCUGCUCUCUCUGGUCCUCAUGGCCGGAACGUUUUUCAUCGCUUUCUACCUGCGCAAGUUCAAGAACAGUGCGUUCUUCCCUGGAAGGUUUCGCAGGGUGAUUGGAGAUUUUGGGGUGCCAAUUGCCAUCCUCAUCAUGGUCCUCAUGGAUUACAGCAUAGAUGACACAUACACACAAAAACUGAGUGUUCCCAGAGGUUUCUCUGUGACGAGUCCCGACAAGCGCGGCUGGAUCAUCAGUCCUCUGGGUUCGGACGGUAAUUUCCCCAUCUGGAUGAUGUUUGGCUGCUGUUUGCCCGCUCUGCUGGUUUUCAUCCUCAUCUUCAUGGAGACACAGAUCACCACCCUGAUAGUGAGUAAGAAGGAGCGGAUGCUGGUGAAGGGCUCUGGUUUCCAUCUGGACCUGCUGCUGAUCGUGGUGCUGGGUGGCAGCUCGGCUCUGUUCGGCCUGCCGUGGAUGGCCGCGGCGACUGUCCGCUCAGUGACCCACGUCAACGCCCUCACUGUCAUGAGCAAGGCCGUCGCCCCCGGAGACAAGCCUCGCAUCCAGGAGGUGAAGGAGCAGAGGGUCACUGGGCUCCUGGUCGCCAUCAUGGUUGGCCUGUCCAUUGUAAUAGGUGACCUGUUGCGUCAGAUCCCCCUGGCUGUGCUGUUUGGUAUCUUCCUCUACAUGGGUGUGAUGUCUCUCAAUGGCAUCCAGCUGACGGAGCGCAUGAUGCUGCUGCUUAUGCCACCAAAGUAUCACCCUGACCACACAUACGUACGCAAGGUCCGUACGCUGCGGAUGCAUCUGUUCACCUGCAUCCAGCUGGUGUGUCUGGCGGUUCUGUGGGCUGUCAUGUCGACACAGGCGUCUCUGGCUUUCCCCUUCGUCCUCUUACUCACCAUUCCUGUCAAGAUGUUCCUGCUGAGCCGCAUCUUCACCGUCAGAGAGAUUGCAUGUUUGGAUGCGGACGACGCAGAGCCAAAGUUUGACGAGCGCGAGUGUCACGAUGAGUAUUCAGAGAUGCACAUGCCUGUGUAACCCACGACAAGCCCUCACAUUACCACUUCAGUCCUCUUAGUGGACACCAAAAUCUGUCACUCACAACCACUGACAUCUGGGAUGCAGCGAUAGAGUCCAUCCAGCUUGAAACACUCACAGAAAUUUGAUGCCACAUCACUGUGCACCACCGGCCUUUCUUCAUCAUCCAGACAUGAACAGUUCAGUACGUCAGAGCUGUGGUUGUUUGUUACUUGGGUCAAACUUUUCACUAUUUAAGUAGCUUUUUAUCAUAUUGUAGGAGGCUUUUCUGAUGGUUAGCAGCACUUUGUGGAACAAACAAUGAAAUCCUACUGUGGAGCUCAAACUGUUGUUAGUGUGUGUACACCCAUAAUAUACUUUUUAAACAUAUAUUUCAGGGGACUAGAGAUUCCAAAUCAUGUGAUGUGAUCUCAAACUCAAAAUUAAAUGCGAUAACAGUAGAUAGAUUUGCGACACUGAUUCAUUUUUAGCCCUGAAAGGUUGCUCUGAUUCACAUUGAAUAUGUGGAGGAUAUAUGGGAUACAUUCCUUUAUAUUGUCAUGCGUAUAGUUUUUGCUAUUCUGGUUUGUCGCUUUUUCCAUGUUUUAAGCUCACCAAGCGCCUUAUGAAGGAAAUUAAAAGGUAUGAGAGGUGUUUUUUCUUUCCUCAUUCUGUCUUAAUGUAGACAGCUGAUCACUUUACCCGCCUCCUAAAGCUAGUAGCACUUUUAAGACACCAAAUCUGAACAAUGACUGUAUUUUAUGAAAUCAUUUUAUCUCCUUAGCGUCCUCUUUAAUCCCUUAAAUCUCAGUGUUGCUUUAGUUUGCUUCUUAAAUAUCUGUCUUUGAUUGAUUUUUAGCCUUUUCCUUCUUUAACCAUUCAUUUAUUUGUACUCCAAUGCAGCAGCUUAGACAAUAGUUAGGCUUUUAUGUCAACUUCUGUGCUUGUAGUGAAUUAAGAUCACCAGCAGAGGGAGAUCUUGUAGGACUGUGAUGAAGAUGUACCCCCAAAAAAAAAAAAAAAAAAAAAAAACAGUAUAUGAAAAGCAAUUUCUCAUUACACUAAUGCCAUUAUGUCAUGUUUCUAAUCAUGACACAUUUUUGUAGAAGAAAGACAACACGGUGGCAUAUUAAAUAUACUCUAAAUGUCUCCACGCACAUGCUUAGGGCACUAAUGUACUGAUGUAGAGUUUGUUUUGAGGUCUCACUUGUUGUGGUUGGUUUAUUGGGAAUCGCUGUAAUUUAUUGGUUUCUUUGUGCCAAAUCAUGUCUAAUGUAAAUAGUUUUAUGGUCAGAACAAUAAGCUGCAGUUCAGUCAUCUCAAAUCUCCUAACUGUAUUGUUUGUGAAGAAGUUUCAACCUAAUUAACACAUUUUUCAUAGCAUAACAUUCCUUGGUUUAUCACAGUUUUGCUUAGUAAUUUAAGAAAACUUUUUUUUUUUUGGUCAUCAGCUAUCUGUUUAAACGUUUCAUUCACACUCGUGAACUUGGUCGACCAAAUUUCCACAUGAGCUGUGUAGACAAUCUCAAUAUUCAUGCAUUACUGAGAAUGAAGGCUUUUAAAAUAUAUAUAUAUAUAUAUAUAUAUGUAUAUGUAAUUUUUUAUGUCAUGUUGUAUCAGUGUGACAUGGAUUGGUAAAAGCUUUGACUCUGUCAAAUUAGAUUUUUGUUCCUCUGUUACUCUCAAGUUCGCAUCUCAGACACUGUCUUCCCCUCUGAACUGCCCCAUCUCAGCCUGACUGUUGCUGUGAUCUUGUGCCUGUUCGGUGUCACAAAGUUGCACAAAAUCAAGUGCCUGUGGGACCAUGAAGUGAUCAGCUACAAGUGUCUGUUGUGUUUGUAAGGGCAACACACGUCGUAAUAGUUUGCACUUUUGAGACGCUCAUAAAUCACGAAAAGAACAUCUCUCCCUUAUUUAUCUGUUGCAAUAUGAGGCAUUGUUGCUGUUUUUUGAAGAUUUGUCACAGUAUGUCACAGAACCUAUUUUUUUCUAAUGUACACACACAUUUGGCUGCAUCAUGGCCAUGACAAUGAAGGGGAUAUUUAUGAGAGUCAGACAGUGGAGUACAAUGUCAAGUUUUAUGUCUGCUUAUUGUGCCUGUGGAUGGGAGUGAUGGUAUUCUGUGUGCGUCAAAGUAUUUGUCAAAGUCGUGAAAUGCUGAUAUGAUAUGUUGAUCCAUUUCAGAAGCAAUACAAAGUCUGAGAGGCUAUUGCUGAUGUUCCCUUGUACAAUAAUGGUUCAAAUAUUGAUGACAAAUAAAAGUUAUUUUCUAUUUA